UCCCCAUCUCUCUCUCUCUCUCUCUCUCUCUCUCUCUCUAGCUGUGCUUAGCCUGUACCCCUGUGUAACCCAAUACCCAACCCUCUCUUUCUUCUUUCUUUUAUGAUUCUUUGUUCUCCCUCUCUUUCUUUCUCCUCCUUCCCCGGCUCUAUAAAUCCUGUAGAGCCCUUCCUCUUUUAACCUUCCUUCCUUUCAUUUCCUUUCCUCCCCUAAUUUCGCUUCAACCCCUCUUCUCAAUUUUCUCUCCACACUCUCUUAUGAGUAUUAUCCUCUCCUUCAUGCUAGUCUAGAUUUCUUUCUCUCCAGACUCACACCUGAACCACCUUAACUCAUCACUCUUAGCUUCAAGGUCUUGUGCGUUGACGUUUUCAAAGAUGAAUCACUGUGCGAUUCAGCAGAACAACGCGUGCGAAGAGAUGAGGAAUUUGAGAGACGCCGUCGUUUGUCCCAAGCCUCGCCGUUUGAGGAACGCUGUCCUUCACGAGCCCGUCAGAUCUUGUCGAUGGCUUCUAGGCCACCAAGCUGAGCUGAGUGAUGGGAGAGCAGGGUCAGAUCUUUUGGAAAAUCUCCUUACCAAGGGUUCUUAUGGUGUUGAACAAUUUUACUGUACAGAAAUAGCGUCGGCGCACCCAUUUUAUAGCGGGUCACCACCGAGCAGAGUAGCUAACCCACUAAUUCAGGAUGCUAGAUUUGGGGAUGAGAAGGUCAUCUCAUCAUCACCACUGUCACCUACCCCUCCCCCUUCAGGUCUGUCAUUGUCUCCAUCAUCAACUGCAAGGAAAGUAGGUUGUGUUCGGGCCAAUUUUGGAAGCAAGCCAGCAGUGAGGGUUGAGGGGUUUGAUUGCCUUGAUAGGGAUCGGAGAAACUGUAGAAUCCCUACCCUGGCAUAGAGCUAAAUUCAGGCGAUAAACAAUGAAGAAGGUACAUAAAUUGAGAUUAAGCUAAAGUUUGCUAUAGACAGUUACAGAACUUGGAUAGUGAGAGAGGUAAUUUUGAAAUUCUCAAUCGAGAAUGAAGGAGAUCCUUCUGCCUUUUGUAAAUAUGUUUGAGAGAUUUGUGUAAAUGAGAUGUGUCAUGUAAGUAAAUCAGAUGUUGACCAAAUAAACAGAGGGGGUCUUAGGUCCAUUUUUAGGUGAGGUUUAUGAGGGAGUGGAAUCUGGUUUGAGAAGAGUCUGUGCACCACCCUCUUGUAUUGUAAAUAGUAAGAGUCUGGUGGGAAAGUUUUCUUUCUGUUACCAUUUAGGUCUUUUGGGCUUCCAAUGAGCGGCUAAUGAAGUGAAUCUGUACAAAUGUAGUUGCUGUUGAGUCGAUGUAAACAGUCAUUUGGAAUGUAAAUAUACCAUUUGUGUUCUAGUCU